AGCCGUGGUGGCGGGCAAAGCGGGGUGCGGCAGGCGACACACUGCCACUACCAUGGAGGGGAUUGUGACUAUGUAUCAGGACUUCAUGAAGAAAGCAGACCCCCGCAUUGCUGAUUAUCCACUGAUGCAGUCCCCAUUCCUUGUGUUGGGCAUCCUUCUGGCAUAUGUCUACUUUGUACUCUCCUUGGGUCCCCGGCUAAUGGCAAACAGGAAGCCUUUAAAUCUGAAGAAAUUCAUGGUGCUAUAUAACUUCUUCCUGGUGGGACUCUCACUCUACAUAGUCUAUGAGUUUCUGAUGGCAGGGUGGCUUACUGGGUACACCUGGCGAUGUGACCCUGUGGACUUCUCACAGGACCCCAAGGCCCUCAGGAUGGUCAGUGUUGCUUGGCUGUUUGUCUUUUCCAAGUUCAUUGAACUGACAGACACGGUCAUCUUUGUCCUGAGGAAGAAGAAUGAGCAGGUCACAUUCCUGCACCUUUUCCACCACUCUGUUCUGCCCUGGAGCUGGUGGUGGGGAGCAAAGUUUGGACCAGGGGGAAUGGGAUCAUUCCAUGCCAUGAUCAAUUCCAUGGUGCAUGUGGUCAUGUACUUCUACUAUGGGCUCUCAGCAGCAGGACCUGCCUUCCAAAAGUACUUGUGGUGGAAAAAGCACAUCACAGCCAUCCAGCUGGCACAGUUCGUGAUUGUCUCCGUCCACAUCUCCCAGUACUACUUUAUGCCCAGCUGCCAGUACCAGUUUCCCAUCUUCAUCCACCUUAUCUGGAUUUAUGGGACCAUCUUCUUCAUCCUCUUCUCCAACUUCUGGUACCAGUCCUAUACCAAAGGCAAACGAUUGCCCAGGGUGGCUCAACAAGCAGCCCAGCACAAUGGUAGCAGCAUCCAUGAGAAUGGCACUGUCACCAACGGCAAGGUCAAAGCCAACUAGAGGGCAGCCUGGCCCUCCCAGAGCCAAUGAGAGCCCCGGGGCAGAGGCAGCUGGGACCUGUUCCCCUGCUCCUGGGUGCUACUAGCC